AUGUCCGAAUCUGACCAGGAGCAAAGUUCACCUGAGCCACUUUCACCAAGAACCGCUGCUGUACGUGCUGGUUUGAGGAGGAAUUAUAGUUCUUCAAGCGUUGAAUCUAAAAGUUACGAAUCUGAAGGUUCAAGCAACAUGGCAGAGAUUCCAAACAACAACAAUGAUGAAGGAGGUGGUGCGCUUGUUGUCCAACCAAGAAAACCCCUGCGUGAGUUUUCCAUUCCCAAAGUCACCGAUCAACCUUCGUGCAUUGUCUAUCCUCAACUCACAGUUGACAGGUUUGAGCUUAAAAGUGGUAUGAUUCAUCUUCUUCCAACUUAUUAUGGUAAUACCACUGAGGAUCCUUAUAUGCAUAUUAAGCAAUUCUUUGAAAUAUGUGCUACGAUCAAAAUUCAAAACCUUGAUGAUGAGCAGAUUAAGAUGAGGCUAUUCCCAUUCAGUUUAAAAGAUAAAGCUAAGUCUUGGUUAUACUCUUUGCCUAAUGCUUCAAUUCAUACUUGGGAAGAGCUUUCUAAUAAGUUUUUGCAGAAAUUCUUUCCGGCUCAAAAGACUAACAAGAUUAGAAAGGAAAUUCUUGGUUUCACACAAAAGGAAGGAGAAGCUUUUCAUGAAUGUUGGGGGAGGUACAAGGAGAUGAUAAGUUCUUGCCCACACCACAACAUAGAGAGUUGGAUGCAAAUGCAAUCUUUCUAUGAAGGUUUGCUAGAUUCCGAAAGGAUGAUGGUAGAUGCAACAAGUGGAGAAGGACUGAUGAACAAAACAGCAGAUGAGGCUUUUACUCUCUUUGAAUCCUUGAGUGCUAACUCUCAACAAUGGAGCCACAAUAAAGGAAGAGGAGCUCCUAUGAAAGCUGUGGUCUCUGAGGUAAGUACAAAUAAUGAGAUUGCUGCAAAACUUGAUGUUAUGUGUUCUUUGCUUCAACAGGCAGUGACUUGCCCUCUAGGAAACAAAGUGGAAGUUCAAGACCAAUCUUUUGCAGAGCACAUGCUAGAACAAGCAAAUGCCCUUCAAGCAAGGAAUCCUCAAAAUGAUCCUUAUUCAAACACAUACAAUCCGGGAUGGAGAAAUCAUCCUAAUUUCAGGUGGAACAACAAUCCAAAUGUGCAACAAUCUCAAGGACCUCCCCCAGGAUUCCAAACACAACAAAGGCAAUUCAAGCAAGCUCCCCAACAAGUGCAAGAGCAAAGGGGUGAUCAAAUGGGAGAAUUGCAAGACAUGUUCAAGAAGUUCAUGGGGCAACAAAUGCAAACCAAUCAGAACCUUCAAAAUGCAGUGAACAAACUAGAAGUGCAAGUUGGGCAGAUUGCAUCCUCCAUGAGCAAUAGAGCAUCCGGAACUUUCCCAAGCCAAACGGAGGUGAAUCAAAGGCAUCAAGAGCAUGCUAAAGCAAUACACAUCUUGAGAAGUGGUAAACAAGUUGAUAAUAAGGUUGGAGAUGCCAAUGAAGAGCAAGAAGAUGGAGAAAACGUGGAGAUCAUUCAGCCACCACAUGGGCAGCCCACAGCUUCCAACAAACAGUCCAUCAAUGCUCCUGGAAAGAGCACAGGCCCUAAGGUAUCAUCUAAUGCUAAUCAAGUUCCAAUUUCAACUAAUGCUUUUAGGCCUAUUGCACCCUUUCCCAGCAGGUUAUCAAAGUCAAAGAAAGAUCAAGGCUUGGAUGAGAUAAUGGAAACAUUCAAGAAGGUGCAAAUCAACAUCCCAUUGCUCAAUGCCAUUACUCAGAUUCCAAAGUAUGCAAAAUUUUUGAAGGAUCUAUGCACUAACAAGAGGAGAUUCAAAGAGCAUGAACAAGUUGCAUUGAGUGAAGAGGUAAGUGCAGUGUUACAAAGAAAGCUGCCUCCAAAGCUAAAGGAUCCAGGUUCGUUUUCUAUACCUUGCAUAGUUGGUGAUUUUAAGUUUCAAAAAGCUUUGCUUGAUCUUGGUGCUUCUAUAAAUCUUAUGCCAUAUCAUGUUUAUGAGAAACUUAACCUUGGUGAGUUGCAAGCCACAUCUGUGAGCAUUCAAUUAGCAGAUAGAACUAUUAGGUACCCUAAGGGCAUUCUAGAAGAUGUUUUGGUGAAAGUGGAAGAGCUAAUUUUGCCAGCAGAUUUCUUGGUGUUGGAGAUGGAAGAAGCACCAAUUCAUGACAAUCAGUUACCACUCAUUCUAGGUCGGCCAUUCAUGGCAACUGCCGGUGCUAUUAUUGAUGUGAAGAAGGGUACAUUGACCAUGAAUGUGUUUAAUGAGACAAUAGCAUUCAAAGUGUUUGAAGCCUCCAAGUUUCCAAGUGAUGAGCAUGAAAUUUUACCUUCUAUGUUCAAAUUGGGAGACAAGAAGGAAGAUUCAGUCCAAUUGAAUGCUCCUUUCAAGUUUGAUGUUCCAUCCCCAGAUGAUUUGGUUUCUAAUGGAUUGUGGUCCUCUAGAACGGGUUCAAAAGCCAACGUUCUGAGGCAGUCUCAACUAUCUGCAAAUACUGGAAUCUCUUCAUUUAAGUACUCUCAAGCUAAAAUGAGAGUUGAGUUAGCUAGAUUUAUUGCAUGUGCUGAAUUGCCUUUUCGUUUUGCUGAAAAUCGUUGUUUCAAAAGAUUUGUUCAAGUGGCUUUGCAACCAGAAUUUAAGAAAGUUUCUCGCAAUACUAAUAGGAGUGAUGUUGUGAAACUUUAUGAUGAAGAAAAGAAAAAAUUGAUAAAUGUUUUCUCUAAUUUAAAGGGUUCUAUUGCUGUGACUUCUGACAUGUGGGAUGGUGGUAAUAAUUUGCCUUUUAUUUGUGUUACUGCCCAUUAUAUUGAUGAAAAUUGGUUGUUGCAGAAAAGAAUUAUUGCAUUUCGUCUUCUUGAAUUUCCACAUACUGGUAGUUCUAUUUUUCAUGCUAUGAUGAAUGUGUUUAAGGAGUAUAACAUUACUCAUAAAAUAUUUUCUAUUACUUUUGACAAUGCUUCCAAUAAUUCUUCUGCUAUUGAGCAAUUUAAACAUGUUUUACAUCCUCCUUACGGAGGAAAAUUUUUUCAUAUGAGCAUGGAUAGCUACAUAGAAAUUGGAAAGAGGUAUGUAAACCAAUUUGAAUCAUUACCCCCACCUACUAAUAAGGUUUUACCUUCUAUUGUGCAGGCACCAGAGUUGGAAUUAAAGCAAUUGCCAAAACACCUUAAAUAUGCUUAUUUAGGUGAAAAUGAGACUCUACCUGUUAUCAUUGCCUCACAUCUCGGACCAAAUGAUGAAAAUAAGCUUUUGAGAGUUCUAAAAGAGCACAAAACUGCAAUUGGGUGGAGCAUUGCAGAUAUCAAAGGCAUAAGCCCAACACUUUGCAUGCACAAGAUAUUAUUGGAAGACAAUGCAAUGCCUAAGAGGGAUGCCCAAAGACGUCUCAAUCCGAACAUGAAGGAGGUGGUAAGAAAAGAGGUAAUUAAGCUUUUAAAUGUUGGUAUUAUUUACCCUAUUUCUGACAGUAAAUGGUUGAGCCCAGUGCAAGUUGUCCCCAAGAAGUCAGGUAUCACAGUGGUGAAGAAUGAAGCAAACGAACUUGUACCUACACGGAUGACCACGGGAAUUGAGGUAGAUAAAGCUAAGAUUGAUUUGAUUGCCUCUAUGCCCUCACCUACUUCUGUCAAAGAAGUACGUUCUUUCCUUGGCCAUGCAGGUUUCUAUAGGCGUUUCAUUAAGGAUUUUUCUAAGAUUGCAAGGCCUAUGUGCAAUCUCCUUGCCAAGGACAUGGAUUUUGUGUUUGAUCAAGACUGUGAGAAUGCUUUCAAUGCUUUGAAGAAGAUGCUCACAACUGCCCCAAUCAUUAUACCACCGGAUUGGAGCUUGCCUUUUGAAUUGAUGUGUGACGCCUCAGAUUAUGCUGUUGGAGCUGUUUUGGGACAGCGAGUUGAUAAGAAGCCACAUGCCAUCUACUAUGCUAGUAGAACCCUCAACGAUGCCCAACUCAACUAUUCCACCACAGAGAAGGAGUUGUUAGCUGUCAUAUUUGCUUUAGAGAAGUUCAGAUCAUAUUUGAUUACUAACAAGGUUAUUGUUUACACUGAUCAUGCAGCAUUGAAAUACUUGUUAGCUAAGAAGGAUGCCAAACCACGACUCAUUAGAUGGAUUCUCUUGUUGCAAGAGUUUGACUUGGAGAUAAAAGAUAAGAAAGGAAGUGAGAAUGUCGUGGCUGAUCACUUGAGUAGAUUGGUGCAUGUAUCUAAUGAAGAGGAGGAUUCAUUGCCAUUGCGUGAAAGCUUCCCUGAUGAGCAACUCUUCUCCAUUUAUGCUUUGAAUUCUCUCAAUCCAUUGCCUUGGUUUGCUGAUAUUGUUAACUAUUUGUGCACUAACGAACUCCCUACAAGGUUAUCUACUUUCCAACGUGACAAGCUUAGGAAGCAAGCAAGAUACUACUUUUGGGAUGAUCCCUAUCUAUUCAAGCAUUGUCCAGACCAAGUAAUUCGAAGGUGUGUGCCUGAAGGUGAUUUUAAGAGCAUUCUGGAGUUUUGUCAUUCCCACGCAUGCGGAGGCCAUUUUGGAGCAAAGAAGACUGCCAGCAAAGUGCUACAAUCAGGUUUCUUUUGGCCUACCCUUUUUAAGGAUGCUUGUUUUUGUGCUUCAUGUGAUAGAUGCCAACGGAUGGGUAAUUUACAUGCUAGAAAUCAGAUGCCUCUCACCAAUAUCUUAAUCAUUGAUAUAUUUGAUGUUUGGGGAAUUGAUUUCAUGGGCCCUUUUCCUACCUCUUAUGGAUUUGAAUAUAUAUUAGUUGCUGUCGAUUAUGUUUCUAAAUGGGUGGAAGCCAUUGCCACUAGAACUAAUGAUGCUAAGGUUGUGAUCGGUUUUCUCAAAGGAAAUAUUUUUACAAGGUUUGGCACACCUAGAGCAAUCAUUAGUGAUGGUGGCUCCCACUUUGUUAACCAAGCUUUUGCAGCACUCUUGAAGAAAUAUGGAAUCACACAUAAGGUGGCAACACCCUAUCAUCCUCAAACUAGUGGGCAGGUUGAGAUAAGCAAUAGGGAGAUUAAGCACAUACUUGAAAAGACAGUGAACACCACAAGGAAGGAUUGGUCCAUGCAUUUGGAUGAUGCAUUGUGGGCUUAUAGGACUGCUUAUAAGACCCCUAUAGGUAUGUCUCCAUAUAGACUUGUUUUCGGUAAACCUUGUCACUUACCAGUGGAGCUUGAGCACAGGGCUUAUUGGGCAAUCAAAGCCUUCAAUUUUGAUAUGAAAGCCGCUGGUGAGAAGAGGAGGCUUCAACUCAAUGAGCUGGAGGAGUUGCGACAUGAAGCAUAUGAGAACGCAAAGCUUUACAAGGAGAAAACAAAGCAAUAUCACGACAAGAAAAUUCUUAGGAAGACGUUUGAGAAAGGGCAAAAGGUUCUCUUAUUCAAUUCAUGCCUUAAGCUCUUCCCAGGUAAGCUUCGUUCUCGGUGGAUUGGCCCUUUUGUUAUUACUAAUGUGUUUAAUCAUGGCGCAGUGGAGAUUCAAAACAUUAAGGAUGGCAGCACCUUCAAGGUGAAUGGACAUCGGUUGAAACCUUACUUUGAUGCCAACUUUGAUGCCAAUAUUGAGUCUCAAGCACUCAAGGAGCCUCCACCACUCUCUUAA